AUGAUUAAUCCAACUAAUGGCGUGAAGAUUUUCGGUGAUCGAGUAUCCAACUUAUUGUCUCCUACGACGUCGAACACCUCGACCGUCACCAUUACUACCACAAAUCGUGAAUGCGAAGUAGCCGAGCUAUUGUAUGGUGUGCUAGAAUCGAUCACCAACAGUCACUCCCACACUUUCGAAGUUGAAUCAACUCUCGAUCAUGAUUUAGCGGAUGACGAAUUGUUCAACGAUGCGGGCGACGAAGAUACCACUCAAGAAACGUGGGAUCCUAGCUGGAACGAAGAUGACGAAGACGACGACAAGGCACUGUGCAAACAAUUCUCGCUUGAUUCCAUGACCACGGCGGUCAACUUUUAUGACGAAAUCAAUCCACAUACCGGGAAACGAAAGCGACGAUGGGAGACCGCUGUGACGAAGUGCUAUGCAGAAGGUAAAGAGAAGAUCAAAGCUUCCGCCGAUCAGUUCGUCGCUGAUGUUCGCCAACCUUUACCACAAUAUCAAGUUGACGAAGUCAUUAACACAGAUCAAAGUGGACUUCAACUUGAACUACACUCUACUCGAACAUUGAGCCAUAAAGGGGAGAAGGUAACAAUUGGGUGCGUCCGCUCUAUAAACGCCACUACUCACAGCUAUACAGUGCAGCCAACAAUCACACUUGCUGGCCAUCUCCUCUCGCCGCACUACCUCUGCUUACAGGAGCCUAAAGGACACAUAAGUGAGAAUAUUCGCUCACAUCUUUCAAGGCCUCGAAUAUGGUGGUUACGUGCAGCAGUUCUGGAAAACUCACAACAUCUUUGGUUGAGUACUGGCGCGAUCAUGUACUCCUGCCAUCACUCGGUCAACGAAAGAAGUUUCUACUGAUAUCGGACUGUUG